UGGCGGCCCCCAUGGUAGGCACCGGGGGGAUGUGGACAUAGUGUGACGUUACUUGUGAACCAGGCCGUAAAUUCAUUUUGUAAACUCUUUAUUUGAUUAAUAAGACAACCACAAUGGGUAAAAUGAAGCAUCGGCGGCAGCGUGGGGCACGGUACAACCCCAUUGGAGUGUCAAAUAACGGCGCCGCCACGAUAGAUGAGCCAGGUCUCAGUAGCAGCCCGACCGCUGGUCUCAGACUGGUGGGGGAGAAGCUCUCAAGUACAGUGGUGGAGGAACGUAUCAGUGGUCUCAACACCCUUGCUUCCUUUGCUUUGGAGGAAGAGACUCUUUCUGCCAUUAUGAGCAGCAUGAUAGUCGGAAAAGUGGCCGCUCUUUUGAAAGAUCCAAGUACAGAGGUUAGACUAGUUGCUGCAGGUGCUCUGAGAAACAUUAGUGCUGGUGGAUCAGAUGAGGUUGUUGAAGAAAUGGUGCAACAAGAUGUGUUGUCACCUUUAGCCGAGUUGCUUCAAGAAUACCGGGAAGCCUGGACACCCUCAACCACAGAUCUUGGGGAACCUGCAGCAAGGGAUGUUGACCCCAUGACCAACACUUUUGUACAAGCUACACAUCUUCUCUGGAAUCUUUGUGAGUGCAGUGAAGAAGCUUUGAGUGUAUUUAACCAAGAGGGUUUGGUUCACAUUCUUCUUCGUCAUCUAGAUCCGUCUUCCUGGGGUUAUACUUUGGCUUUAGCUGUUGCAGAAUGCCUUCUUUGUGUGUCAGAAAACAAUCCUAAAGCAAUUUCUGCAGUUAUUCACUCAGCAGACUCCCUGAUAUCUUUUGUCUCUCGUCCAGCAGAAUCGACCGUUGAUCUGCAAUUUGCCACUACAGUUGCAGGUCUCCUUUUGAAUAUCGAAUACUGCACAACUAGCGGGAACAACUUCCAACAUGUAUUAAGACUUUUAUCAACAGUCCUUGAAACUGAUAUUCUGCAAUUGAUUAUACAAUAUAUGGGCGUUGCCAAGGGCACUACGCCCUCCACAUCUCUACAAGACCUGGAACGCCUCAUCGUAGCACAACAGUUAGCAUUAGAAAUUCUGUCCAAUAUAUGCUGUCCAGAAG